CCGGUUCCUGGGCCGAAUUCCAGGGCGCCGCGGAGGGAGGCCUGUUUGCCGGUGAGGUGGUGCUGCGUUAAGUGGUCGUGAGCGCGGGCUUCAGGCGGGAGGCAGGACCUGGAUCUGGAAAGGAGCCGGUGCCGACGGAGUCCAUCUGUGGACGGGCGCGUUUACUAAGCACCUCUAGAGAAGGGCUUUGCCUGAAAUGGAUACCCGGAUCCCUUAUGAUGAUUACCCAGUGGUUUUCCUGCCUGCCUAUGAGAAUCCCCCAGCAUGGAUUCCUCCUCAUGAGAGAGUGUACCACCCAGACUACAACAAUGAGUUGACACAGUUUCUGCCCCGAAUCGUCACACUGAAGAAGCCCCCUGGUGCACAGCUGGGAUUUAACAUCCGAGGAGGAAAGGCCUCCCAGCUAGGCAUCUUCAUCUCCAAGGUCAUUCCAGACUCUGAUGCACAUCGAGCCGGACUUCAAGAAGGGGACCAAGUUCUAGCUGUGAAUGAUGUGGAUUUCCAGGAUAUUGAGCACAGCAAAGCUGUUGAAAUCCUGAAGACAGCCCGAGAAAUCAGCAUGCGCGUGCGCUUCUUUCCUUACAAUUAUCAUCGCCAAAAAGAGAGGACUGUGCACUAGAGGCUUGCAGCCCAUAGCCCUCCAUGUGGAAUCUGCCCGAGCAGGCCUGCUAGCCCUCUGAGAUGCAGUCGGGAAAUUCUACUCUCAGCGCCUUCCUGGCUUUGCGGGUGGGGAGGAUGGGGAGCAGCUUACCAGCUGCGUUCUAUAUCAACUGUACUGUCCUUGGAGUUCCCCUAGUUUCCUAGGUGAGUUUCAUUCUGGAAAAGGAGAAAACUGGUGAUGUUUGUAACCUGUGUGGAAAGCCAGCUGGAAAGCAACUGGCAUUUAUCAGGUACCACAGAUGGGUCACUUAGCAUUUUAUUUGUAGAAAUCAGAAAGAGAAUCUGGGGACCUUCCAUCGGAUUUGCCUAGCCAUGCCACCUAGUCCUUGUACAUAUACUUUGGAGUCCCAUACACUUGGGAGACUCUGAAGAGACACUGGUUUUGCCCCUUCUUCCUCAUCCCCCUAAAGUAAAAACACAGUACCAAACAAAUGUGGCUUGAGUGAUACUAUAUGAAUAUAAAAUACCACUGAGUAAAAAAAAAAAACCUACAACAACCAAACAUUGAAAGAAACAGCAACAUCAAACCUAUUUUUUUUUUUAAAUUUCUGCCUCCUCCCCGCCUCCCUUUUCCCUCCUCCUCCCCCCACUCCCCACGACCCAUUCAUCAAAUCUAUUUUACAACUAUCUGUAUCUGGCUAGAGUACUUGGGAAGUUAAAGAACCUUAGCUGUAGAAUAACCAAGGGAUGCCUAGGGUCAAGGACCCUGCAGGCUAAAACUGCCCCUUCCCCAGGAGUGUUAGGCUGUCUGCUACAGGGGCUGGUAUUAAUAUAUUCUCCUUUCCCAUGUUCUCUGAUCUGGAACUUAAACCAAGGAAGUAGCAUGGAUACACUGCUUCUCACAAGCCGCAGUAGGAAACUGGUUCGUGAUUUCCCACUUGUAGUUUGAGUAGAGCUAACUGCCAACUUCCUCCUUUUUCUGACCCCACCCCCAAAUAACUUUUUGUCAUCGUAGAUAUUUAGUGACUGACCAUUAGAUACUACAGAAAUCACAUCUGUGCAAUCUCCACUGACAUCAAAAUACCAUUCAGAAUUUAAAGUUUUUUUAUUCCCUCUGAAGAAGGUGCUGCUGCAAUGAAAGCCCAAAUUUUGACUUAAAAAUCCCACAGAGUCAUCAAGAUGGCUCUCUGGGUUGACAAUCUGAGUUCGACCCCAAGACCCACAUGGUGAAAGGAGAGAACUGAUUCCCAAAGUUGUCUGUUGCCCUCCACCUGCAGGCUUUGGCAUGCAAGCACAUACAAGAGUCCUGGGGAACUGAACUGAAUCUCCUAAUUCCUUCUGGAGAGUGAAUCUUUGGUUUGUGGGAGGACUAGAAAUCUACCUAUUUAAAUAAACAAGUUAAAUCAGUUUUUCAAAUGGAUGACAUGCAGAAACUGGCUCUUCCCAUGAAUCCUACCCCAGCUAUACUAAAGGUAUUGCUCGAGGCUCAGUUCUGUUAUUGGCACUGUACCUUUCGAACAGAGCUGGAAGUAGAAUUAGUUUGUCUUCCUGAGAAAUCCUCUAAGUUGCUCUGCUGACCCCCAGUGGCCAUCUGAGAAAGAAAAGCAUGGACAUUUCCUCAAAACCUAUUAGCUGAGUCUACCAAACAAUGUUAAAGUCAAGACU